ACCGCAAAAAUGCUUACAUUGGAGAAGACACAUACGAAGACGGUCGACAAGCUUCAGUUCCUACACAAUGACGAUUAGGCUACUUGUUCUCUUCGUUUAGUAUUCGUAAGGUGCUCUAGUCCUUCCACUUCUCCGACUAUUGUAGCUUUUCAAAGCAGGUCGUCCUGCACAUUCCGCCGGUACUGCAGUACUCUCUCAUAGCAGCAAACGCUGGAACAGCAGAGACCGAGAAACGCAUGCGGGGAAUAUAGAAUACUUCUGAGCGAAUGUAUGCAUUGGGAUGGAUUCAGGAAGUCAUGUCAUGUGCUUUUUUUCUUCUUUAAAGAAACUGAAGAAAUGAGUUACGAUUUAUCUGGAAGAGGAAUGGGAUGCAGGGAACUCCAUCGAGACUCCUCCCCCCGAGAUUGAUGUGUGUAUGGGGAGAUGAAGGGCAGAGAAAUGACACUAUACAUUGUGUUGCGUUUUGUUGGAGAGAGGGACAUCCCUGCAUGGAGCAACCGUUCUGCUUUCCCGUGGUUCAAUGGAGAUUUAUGAGACAACAACAGGCACACUUAUGAAGGAAAUGAACUGUGAGAAGACAUCUGCAUGUGUAAUAUGACUUGCAUUAGUUUCAAACAUAGCCUACAGAAAAAAAAAAUCCAUAUUAUUUUAAUCUAUGCAAUGUUUCUUGUCUUUUACGGUUAAAUAAAUAGCAGAUACAACUAUCCAGUCAACCAAUGAAUCUAUAUAAAUUAUCCUUUUGAAAAUUUCUUGCAUGCAAAAUAUAGAAUGUCUUUACUAGAUCCGAACAUGUUUCAGCUAUUGUAGACUUGGUAAUUGAGUAUGUCAACUGUCUGUCAGGCUUGUCUUACAGAUUUGCCAACAAAGCACUGUUUUUCUAGCUGCCAAGGUCAUUUUAAAAUCACAUUAGCUCUUAUUAGCUGACUCACAGUGGGCUCCAGUAUUACAGUUCUUGCUCUUUGGUAAUGAAAUGGACAACAUGGGGAACAUAUUUAGUUGUUGCCGCAAGGUGUCUGAGAUUAUUAACGCCAAGGAAGUCGGGCGUCAGACUGAGGAGCUGUCUCUGCUGCAAUCCCAGGAAAAUAGCGAUGUAGAAAGUCUGUCUCCUUCAAGAACUUCAGCUGACCUGCUGGCAUCUCCAGUUCUGGACCAAGAUCAUCUCCUAUUCCCGGACAUCGUGCUUAGCAGCAGCCUUCGGGUCAGGGGGCUAGAACAAGAUGCCAGAAGAGACGAUGGAGUUGAUCAAAGCAACCUGCGGAAUGGAGAGCUGUUGGGGCCGCCAAGCACAAACAUUGCAGGCACACAUCAAGUACGCUCUAUAGAGGAUGAAUGGCCCCUUCUGUCAUCCCUAUACAACAUACCUGCAGCUCAAAACCGAAUAUGCACUCACGGAAGUGGAGCAGACACUUCUCUCCUCGGUCAUGGGACAUUUGCAAAUAGUCAAACUUCACUUUCUGGUCCAGCUAGCACUGAUGCCUCAAAAAGUGACAUUGACAUCAGAGAAGAUGGUUGGACUCAAACAGAGAAGUACAUCAGACACGAGGAAUCUGUGAUGCGCACAGAGGAGAACCAAGAUUGUCCAAACAGUGCAGCACAAACACAUCUGAAGAUGCAACAUGCGUAUGGCAUUACAACUGAAGAUCCUUUGCUUCUGAAGACGCAAAGGGAAGCACAAGCCUUGGAACUAGUAGCACAACCGGAUGGCUUUGAAGACCAAGAUGCACCAGACUCGGAGCGACACGCACAGACUUCUGAGACGCUAGAGAUGGAUAUUAUGAGCAAUGAGAAAGCUACAACUGCUGAGCUUCUUCUUUGUGUGGAGAAGAAAAUAUCUCAUGUAGAGGAACCAGGCAUUUCAGAGAUUGGCUGUGGACUGGUGGAGCAUGAGUUAGGGGAGACGGAGAAAAGCCUGUCCCAGGAUUUGAUUUGGAAAAAGACAGAAGUAGAACAGAUGCAGUGGGACCUGGAAGCGCUAAAGCAGAGCACGGGGUUAUCGCUGCAGGACUCUGAGCAGAAAACACUCGCUGUGACACAGGUAGAACCAAAAGAGGAUCAGCGCUUCACGCUUUUUGUGGUUGAUAAACUGUUUCUGGCCACUCCGAACUUUAAAGCACCCAGCCCUGAUAUCAUAACCGGUGAGCAUGUGCCAGACAGCCCAGCUGACGGUAUGACAGAACAGGUCGAAGACGACUGCAAAAAACAAGAGCUUGACAUGGACCCAUCUGAGGAUGCAGGAUUCACGGUGAAGAUCCAAGCUCCAGGAACAGAACCCACUGAUUUCCAGGUGUCACCUUUAGCAAUGGUGCAAGAAAUUAAGCAAGUGUUGAUGGACCGAGAGGAGACCUGUCGGCGUACCUGCUUCUCCCUGCAGCUGAAUGGAGUCACUCUUGACAACUUUACCCACCUGACAUCCAUACCAGGCCUUCAGGAGGGCUCCAUUCUGAGGGUUGUCGAGGAGCAGUACAAUGUUCGAGAAGUGCGUAUCCAUUUAUGCCACAUCAGGGACCUUUUAAAGAGCCUAGACCUUACUGAUGGCUAUAAUGGAGUGGAGGGCAGCUCUCCAUCAUUUCUCAGCUGUGUCACAGAAGAUCGUAUGGAAGAGAGCGGCAAACCUAAGCGAAUAGGUGACGGGUUGAAGCGUGUCAGCUUCCGUCCUCCAAAUCACAUUCUUCCAGGCUCUAGGGAGCGUCUGCUGGUACCUCUGCAACCUCAUACAGAUUUUGGGAAGUCCUUAGAGUGCUUGAAGGUUCUGACCAUGAGUAGCUGGAAUCCUCCUCCUGGAAACAGAAAGAUGCAUGGAGACCUCAUGUAUCUCAAUGUGGUGACCAUGGAAGACAGACACUUCUGUAUAACAGCAUCAACUCGUGGGUUCUACGUAAAUCAAUCCACGACUUACAGCUUUAAUCCAAAGCCAGCCAAUCCUAGUGCCCUCAGUCAUGCUCUGCUGGAUCUCCUGGGUCAUAUCAGUCCACUUUUUAAGAAGAACUUCAGUGCCUUGCUGAAAAGGAGAGGGUCCACACACCCCUUUGAAAGGAUUGCCACACCGUUCCAGGUGUUUAGCUGGACAGCUCCAGCACUUGACCACACAAUGGACUGUGUCCGAGCAGAGGAUGUCAUCUCCUUCCGCCUGGGUUAUGAAGAACAUGUGCCUGUUCAGGCCCGGGACUGGAAUGAAGAACUUCAGGCCACAAGAGAGCUUCCGAGAAAAAACGUGACUGAUCGUCUGAUGAGGGACAGAGCGGUUUUUAAGGCUAACAGUGAUUUUGUCAGCACUGCCACUCGAGGGGCCAUGGCAGUGGUAGAUGGUAACGUGAUGCCCAUCAACCCUAGUGAAGAACCACGACAGCAGAUGUUCAUCUGGAACAAUAUUUUCUUCAGUUUAGGCUUUGAUGUGCAGGACCAAUACAGAGAUCUGGGAGGGGAGGCUGCGGCCCAUGCCGCCCCUGUUCUGGACCUGAACGGUGUGAGGGCUUAUUGGGCAGUGGAUCAAGAAGAGCUCUACCUGAUUGGCACUGUAGUGUUCGAUUACCGCGGCUACCGCGUCACUGCCCAAACUAUCGUGCCGGGAAUUCUUGAGCGUGACCAAGCACAGAGUGUUGUCUAUGGCUCCACUGACUUUGGCAAGACCGUUGUGUCCGAUGACAGGUAUCUGGAGCUGCUUGACAAACCCAGUAAGAAGCUGCGAGUGCAGCGCCACCUAGUGCUAAACAAAGAUGAUACAGCAGUAGAGUUGUGCUCCUCGGUGGAGCACAAGGGCAUUGUGGGUAAUGAUGGUCGGCACUACAUACUGGAUUUACUUUUUACCUUCCCACCCGACCUCAACUUUCUUCCUGUGGAAGGAGAGGAUUUAAGUCCCGUGUGUAAACAACUGGGCUUCCCAAGGCUACAUCCUCAUCGCCUAGUGUGCCUGAGACAGGAACUCACUGACGCCUUUGUGGAGCACCGAUACCAGAUGUUAAUGGAAACUGUCUCUCAAAGUACUGAGCAUGACAAAGAAAUCAAAGAUGUUGGCAAAUCUGCACUAAAGGCUGAUCCAACUACUACGCCUCAGCUAUCUUCAACAUCUCCCCCACUCCCAGACCAGGAUUCAGAGGACCUUUCCCUAAAAACUUCUUCAAUAAAGCAUAUCUUCUCCUCCCUCAGGAAAACUUUUGACAUACAUUUCAACCCCAACAUCUUCUGUGCAGGUGUACGUUUCCCCAAGGAAAGUGCAGAAGAUAUCCAGAAACAGAAACAACAGUUAAAGGAUGCUGCAGUCUUCCUCAUUUCCAAUCAAAUCCCCGCAUUUAUGAAGAGUUGCCUUGACCACACAUCAAUGCCAAUAGACGGCGUCACUCUAACCGAGGCUCUGCAUCAGCACGGCAUCAACAUCCGCUACCUGGGCUCUGUGCUGGAGAAUAUUCAGAAGAUACCCCAGAAACAAAGGCUUGAUCAUGUCUAUAGAAUUGCACUCUGUGAGCUGAUCACCAGAUGUGCAAAACAUCUGUUUAAGACGUAUCUUUUGGCAGUGGAACCAUCUGCCCUGUCCGCCUCCGUCAGCCAUUUCCUCAACUGCUUCUUGAGCUCUUUUGCCGAUGCCGGAGUCAUCCAGCAAAACGACAAGUUAGCUUCUAGACGCAGGAGUCGGAGAAGGCGGAGUCGUGCAUCUGUGGGCGGCACCGUGACUGUCUGGGCCAACCUCACUCCCAGUGACCUUUGGGAGGCCAUCAAAACUGAGGCCCGGGAGUACUACCAUUACAGCCUGCCCUGUGGAAGUGUGGAGGAGGCCGUGGACAAAUGCAGGCUGCAGAGAAACACCCUGCUCAGAGAGAUCGCCAUCAAAACUGGCAUUCAGAUUCUUUUAAGAGAGUAUCACUUUGAUUCUGAGCACAGAACGGUGUUCACUGAAGAGGACAUCCUUAACAUCUUCCCCGUAGUAAAGCACAUCAGUCCCAGGGCCAACGAUGCUCUUUAUCUCUUGCGUUGUGGUCAGUCUCAGGUCCAGAAAGGUUGCUUGAAAGAGGGCUGUGAGUUAAUAAGCCAGGCUUUGGGUCUCUUCACUAAUGUCUACGGGGCUCUGCAUCAGGACGUCUGCGUAUGUCUGAGGCUAUUGGGACGCAUACACUACAUCCUCGGAGACUACGCUGAGGCCCUCAGUCACCAGCAGAGGGCUGUGCUGAUCAGUGAAAGAGUCCUGGGAAUUGAGCAUCCCAACACCAUACAGGAAUAUAAGCACCUUGGUCUGUAUUGCUUUGCUGGAGGGCAGCCAGUGACAGCUCUGCGAUUAUUAUACCGUGCCCGAUACCUGAUGCUCCUGGUGUGUGGAGAAGACCAUCCUGAGAUGACUUUACUGGAUAGUAAAAUAGGCCUUGUGCUUCAUAGUAUGAUGGCCUGUGAUCUUGCCCUGAAGUUCCUGGAGAACGCCCUCGCCCUGACCUCCAAAUAUCAGGGACCCUCAUCUCUCAAACUGGCACAAAGUCAUCACUUAUUGGCAAAGGUGCAUGAAAGUAAAGGAGAUUUCCGUGCUGCACUGAGGCAUGAAAAGGAGCGUUACGGCAUAUACAGAAAGCAGGUGGGAGAAGCACACGAGAAGACCCAAGAGAGUUCAGAGUACCUAAAGCAUCUGACACAUCAGGCAGUGAUUCUACAGAAAACUAUGAACUGGAUCUACAAGACUGGAUCAGACACCAAUAUCUCCCAUCUCAAUCUGAACUCUCCAAGUCGUGUCUGGAUUGUGGAGCAGCUAAAUCUCGUCACUGGGAUUGUCCUUAUUCCUCUUAGUGACAGUGACCUUGAGAAACUCCAGACUGACGCUCAGAAAACAUGUCAGCCCGCACAAAAUCACGUUGAGUCAACGGAGGAUCUGCAGGUGCCGUCUGAGGACUUCGACACACUCCAAGCUGUUACUCAAGACGACUAACGCCUUUAAAUGAAGUAAACAGACAGAUGAGCUAUUAAAUGAAGAAUGAUCUAGUUUAGCUUUAAACAUAUUAAUAGGAAAUGAAAUAAGAAAAAGUGGAUGAUCUUGCAAGAAAAUAUAGCACUCCCUUUAAAAAGCAUGAGUGUAUCUGGCUGUUGAUUGUAACUGCAAAUUUGCACAUUUGUAAACAGACCUGUCUGAUCAUUUAUAUCUUCCUUUGUAUGUUGAUGUGUGCUGUUGAACUGUAUGUGUACAAGACUAGUAAAGAGGGCUAAUGCAUGCACUUCAUACUUGA